AUGGUCUCUAUCAAUGCGGCGAAUCCUAGAGUAACGACCAUCCUGGUUGAUCUAGGGGGUGUAUUCAUGCAUCCACAGCUGGAAAGCAAGUUGGCGACUCGCGAAUCGGCAAUAUCCUUGCGGAGGAUCAUGUCGACGGCGGUCUGGAUGGAUUACGAAGCGGGACAACUGAGUGAUCGAGAAUGUUUUGAUCAGCUGGCCAAGGAAUAUCACUUUCAAGCAAGUGACCUGGCGCAGAUAAUCAAAAGCUUUCGCGACACUAUCUGCUAUGAUCAGGCCACUGCCUCUAUCUUCAAAGAAAUCAAACAGUCUGGGACGCGCAUCUUCCUGGUCUCCAACAUAUCAAAGGAAGACUAUGCCGCCCUCCGUCACCGCUGGGACGAUGAGUUCUGGUCCAUAUUUGACCGCGUCUUUACCUCAUCAGAUUUAGGCGUCCGCAAGCCCAGUUUGCGGUUCUACCGUCAAGUCCUUCGAGCGACGCGGGCACUACCACAUGAAACCUUCUUUCUAGAUGAUAGACCCGAGAACGUGCUCGCUGCCCUCUCCGUCGGGAUGAGAGGGACAUUUAACAUGUCAGAGCUCUAUCGGACCCUGAACAAUUUGGUUGGUGACCCUGUACAACGAGGGCUUGGAUUCUUGCGACGACAGAGGGGCCACUUUCCUACAACUACGCAACACGGCGAGCCAAUCGCUGAGAAUUAUGCUCCUCUUCUGAUCCUGGAAGCGUUAAAAGACCAGUACGCUUCGUUCUUAUCCUGA